UGAAAAUUAAAAUGGUGGCCCGACGUUUCGACAAAAGACUUUUCGACAAUAGACGUUUCGACAAUGGACUUUUCGACAAGACUUUUCGACAAUGAGCCUUUCGACAAUAGAUGUUUCGACAAUGGACUUUUCGACAAUAAAUUAACAUUUUUUAAAAUGAUAAAUGUGUUGAUAUGAAAAUAAGUGAAGACAAAAGCUUUAGUUGUUUACUGUCUGUCUUUUGUAUAAACAAUAUAAAUAUAAAAAGUUAAAAAAUGUUUUUAAAAAGAAAAAAAAAGAAAUAUGUUCUAGGUGGAAUUUGAAUGGGUGUUGUAAAGAAAAAACUAUCCAAAAUUUGGGGUAUUUAUUAAGUUUGUAGCAUCUGGUCCUAUAUUUAUUUUAAAUGUAAUAUUUUUGUUACAAAUUAUUUUUCAUUCCAAUUUCUUUUACUAUUGCCCCGAAUAUGGAAAAUUCGUCGUCAGAAGAUGGUCAAUAUAGUAGCUCCGACAAUUCGAAUAACUCUGUAAAUGAUCAGAUUGAAAUGCUUAAUUUUGUAGAGGUUAAGUCGAAGAGGGGAUACCCACUUCUAACUCGAGAUGGAUUCGAGUAUUCUUUCGAAAAGAAUUCAGCCAUAAACGAAAAUGUUGAGUAUUGGAGAUUCAUAAAAGUAAGCUUAACAAACUGUACAGUAUCUUCCGUAGACUUAUCAAUUAUAUAA